AUGCUAAAGCUCGCCAAACUUUUGAACGAUGCAACAGAACUUGCCAAAGCCGUAGAGGAAAAUGAAGAUUACGAAACCGCUACUCUUCAACAAUUAAACAGCUCAAAAUUUCAAUUAAAUGUGAAACAAAUCAGAAGCAUUGCAAGUGAGCUUACCGAACUCGGUGCUGAAUUGCACGACUUGUUGGGAAAAGAAAUGGAAUUAAAGGUAGAGCACAUUGAAAAGAAAAAUAUGGAGGCUGUUGAUAUGAUUUCGGAGUUACAAAAAUCAAUUAAUGAUCUUAAAAAAGACGAAGAAAGCUUGAGGGAUAAAAAAAAGAGAAAAGAAACAGAACUGGAGAGAGCUAAAAAACGGUUGUCUCGAGUUUCAAACUUUAGACCUGCAUUUAUGGACGAAUAUGAGCAAAAAGAGCAAGACCUUCAAGAAUUGUACAAGAAAUAUGUCGAAAAAUACCGAAAUAUUGAAUAUUUGGAGCAUGAACUUGAAAAGCAUAGAAAAGCUGAGGCAGAAAUUGUGGAAGAAAACAAGAGAAGGUUAAAGUUGCUUCGAAAGAAACUGAGAGCAGAUGACCUCAAGUAUCUGAGAGGGGAAAACCAGGCCACUUAUGACGAUGAAGAGGAAGAAGAAGAAGCAGAUGAGGAAGAGGAAGAAGAGGAAGGAGAGACUGAGACUGGAAAUGAUGAGGACGAUGAAGAAGAUGAAGAAUCUGAUAACGACGUGGAUAUUAAGUCUAGCCAAAAAGCAAGGCCACGUGCAGCCAGUGGAAGAAGGCCUGAGGGCAGAACAACCACGACCAAUCAACAUUUAGUUAACACCGCAGCUAAAAAAACGAGAGGUGUGACAGAUGGGUAUGACUCUGAUGAAUACAUGGAAUCAGAUGAAGACAGCUAUAUGAACGGUAAUGACGAAGAAAACAUGAUAGAGUCAGAUGAUGAAGGAGACUCUUUCUAA